AUGGGCUCCAUCGCUGCUGACGCCGAUCGCCGGCCUCACGCCGUGUGCGUGCCGUUCCCAGCGCAGGGCCACGUCACGCCGAUGCUGAAGCUGGCCAAGAUCCUCCACAGCCGGGGCUUCCACAUCACCUUCGUCAACACGGAGUUCAACCACCGCCGCUUGCUCCGCUCCCGCGGCGCCGGCGCGCUCGACGGCCUCCCGGACUUCCGCUUCGCCGCCAUCCCGGAGGGCCUGCCCCCGUCCGACGCCGACGCCACCCAGGACGUGCCGUCGCUCUGCCGCGCCACCAUGGAGAACUGCCUCCCGCAUUUCAGGAGCCUCCUCGCCGAGCUCAACUCCUCCCCGGACGUACCGCCGGUCACUUGCGUCGUCGGAGACGACGUCAUGAGCUUCACUCUGGAAGCAGCCCGAGAGAUCGGCGUGCCGUGCGCGCUCUUCUGGACGGCCAGCGUCUGCGGCUACAUGGGCUACCGCUAUUACCGCGACCUCAUGGAGAAGGGCAUCUUCCCGCUCAAAGAUGCCGAGCAGUUGACGAACGGGUUCUUGGACACGCCGGCGGACUGGGCGCCGGGGAUGGGCAAGCACUUCCGGCUCAAGGACUUCCCAAGCUUCAUGCGCUCGACGGACCCCGACGAGUUCAUGUUCCACUUCCCCCUUAAGGUGACGGAGCAGAUAGCCGGCGCGGACGCCGUUAUCCUCAACACCUUCGACAAGCUCGAGCAGGAGGCGCUCGACGCCAUGCGCGCCAUGAUCCCGUCGUCCGCGUCCAUCCACACCAUUGGCCCGCUCGCCUUCCUCGCCGAGGAGAUAGUACCCCAGGGAGACCCGGCCGAUGCGUUUGGCUCCAACCUCUGGAAGGAGGACGUCUCCUGCUUCGACUGGCUCCACGGCAGGGCGCCCAGGUCGGUGGUGUACGUGAACUACGGCAGCAUCACGGUGAUGACCAACGAAGAGCUGGUGGAAUUCGCGUGGGGCCUGGCCAACAGCGGCCACGACUUCCUAUGGAUCAUCCGGCCGGACCUCGUCAAUGGCGACGCCGCCGUGCUGCCGCCGGAGUUCCUGGAGGCCAGCAAGGGCCGCGGCCACCUGGCGAGCUGGUGCCCGCAGGAGGUGGUGCUGAGGCACGAGGCGGUGGGCGUGUUCCUGACGCACUCCGGGUGGAACUCGACCAUGGAGAGCCUGUGCGCCGGAGUGCCCAUGCUGUGCUGGCCCUUCUUCGCGGAGCAGCAGACCAACUGCCGGUACAAGUGCGUGGAGUGGGGCGUGGCCAUGGAGAUCGGCCACGACGUCCGGCGUGAGGUGGUGGAGGAGAAGAUCCGCGAGGUGAUGGGUGGGGAGAAGGGAAAGGAGAUGCACCGCCGUGCGGUGGAGUGGCAGGAGACUGGUCUCCGCGCGACGCGGCCCGGAGGGCGCUCAUACGCCAACCUCGACAAGCUGGUCGCCGACGUGCUCCUCUCGGGUGUCGGCAACAAGAGUUCUUAA